AAUGUCAGCGACGGAAAGUGAUCGGCCGCUGAUUGGUCAAAGCGGGGUCACGUGACCAUUUCCCAAGCGGAGUUUCCACGACAGCUGGAAGCCGAGCGGCGCGGCGCAUCGUUUCUUUGACGAAUUAUCAGAAAUAACAAGACUUGCGCUCCUUUUAGCGCCUCCACGUACACCCCGGAGUGGCAUGGGCGACAAGAGAAGUCCCACAAGGCCGAAGCGUCAACCGAAGCCCUCUUCCGACGAGGGAUUCUGGGACUGCAGCGUGUGCACGUACAAGAACACAGCAGAGGCUUUUAAGUGCAUGAUGUGUGAUGUCAGGAAAGGGACAUCAACAAGGAAGCCUCGUCCCGUCUCCCAGCUCGUCUCACAGCAGCAGGUAACGCAGCAGUUUGUUUUGCCCUCUCAGCCCAAGAAAGAGAAGAAGGAGCGAGUAGAGAGGGAGAGGGGCGACAGAGAACCGACCCUCAAGAAGAACAGUCACAAGAAGAUGAGGCCAAGAUUAAAAAACAUUGACCGGAGCAGCGCCCAGCACCUGGAGGUGACGGUCGGUGACCUGACGGUCAUCAUAACGGACUUUAAGGAGAAGGCCAAGCCCUCGUCCAUGUCGGCAACAUCAUCCAGCGCCGCAUCAGCAGCUGAGCACCACAGCCAGAACGGCUCUGGGUCCGAAAACACAGAGAAGGGGCUUUCUCGCUCGUCCUCGCCCCGAGGAGAGGGGAGCUCAGUCAACGGAGAGACCCACUGAGCCCCCCCCACAACAGCAACAACAACCUAAAUCUCACCUGCACUCUGAAGUGCACCGACAAGCGGAGGAGCCUCGACUGUAGAGCUGCACAAUAAUCUUUGUUUGCUUUCUUGGGGAAUUUCAGUGUGUUGCAGUUUCAUCUCCAAGAAGAAUGGUGACCAAUUUCAACUGAUUUUUUUUCCUGAGGCCAGAGAAUAAGCUGCCACCUGAUGAGAUCUGGACACUUUAAUCAAUUGG